AUGCCCUCGACAGGCUCCCGCCCACAACUCCGACACGACAGACUUCUGGCGGCCUGGAGAAGAUCCGGUCGGAGAAUUCGGGCCACGAGGUCUCCGAGAAUGGGAGGAUUAGCAGCGAGCUCAUGCCGCUCCCCCAGGACACCAUGGCCAGCCACGCGGCCGACACGCCGCAGAGCCGCCGGGACACCAACGCCUCGACGACCUCCAAGAGGGACCGCGCCAGAGGCCGGGAGAGGCUGCAGGGGCUGCCGCUGGCCCGCGGCGAGGACGCGCCGGAGAAGAAGUGGCAGGCGCUUGAGCCGCCGAAGACGACGGUCGCCCCGAGUGGCGGCUUCGACGACCUCGGCGUGGACAGCGACCAGAAGGUCACCAAGGACGCGGAGCGCGCGACAGGAGCAACGGGAGCCCUGGGGGCCAGCCCUGCUGAUGACCCCGAAGUUCGACACUGUCUUGGGCGUCGUCAUCGUCCUCAACAGCGCCAUGAUCGGCGUAGAGAUGACCCUGGUGGAGGGCGAGGCUCGCAACGCAACGAUAUUGCAGCCGACGCCAGAGACGCUGCCGUUCAUGGUGUGCGAGAACAUCUUCUUGUUGAUAUAUUGCGUCGAGAUCUUCUUGCGCAUCUUCGCAUGCCGAUGGGACGCCUUCGCCAGCGGCUGGGUGAGAUUCGACGCGUUGCUGGUGUUCGUCGGCAUCUCCGGGACGUGGAUCCUCCCCGUGGUGACCCUGCUCUUCCUGCCCACGGGCGGCGGCAGCGCCGCCUCGGUGCCCAUGGUCCUGCGGGUGUUCCGGCUCGCGCGGCUGGCCCGGGCGCUGAGGCUGUUGCCGCACUUUCGGCCCCUGUGGAUGUUGGUCCACGGGAUGACCUCCUCCGCUUCCACCAUCAUGAAUGUGUUUGUGGUGCUGUUUAUGACGUUGUACGUGUUCGGUUGCAUCGCCAACGAGAUUGGUGGCCGGCGGAUCACGAACCACGAGAAGAGGAAAGACGGGGGCUGGUUCGACGACACGGUGGAGCUGUAUUUUCGCAGCCUGCCGAUGUCGAUGGUCACCCUGAUCCAGUUCGUCUCCUUUGACAGCGUGGGCCAGAUAUACAGGCCGAUGAUUCAGGCCGCCCCCGAGCUGCUGUGCUUCUUCGUACCCUUCCUGCUGAUCGUGUCCAUCGUUCUCAUGAACCUGGUCACGGCCAUCAUCGUGGAGGCCUUCCUGGCGCACGCGAAGGAGGACAACGAGAUGCGGAAAAAGGAGCAGGAGCGACGCGUCCAGAGUAUGAUACCGCAGCUGAAGAGAAUGUUCGAGGAGAUGGACGAGGACGGCAGUGGAACGCUUACCCUGGACGAGCUCGAGGAUGCCCCAGAUUAUCUCAAGGAGGAGCUCAGCAAGUGCUUGGACACCGAGUCUCUGAUCGAGCUGUGGGAGAUUCUCGACAACCACUGCAUGGGCGAAGUGUCCAUCGAGGAGUUCUGCGAGGGCAUCACGAAGGUGGCGACAUCCGCCCAGCCGAUGGAGUUCACACGCAUCAUGAAGCAGUUGUCCUUCCUUCGCGAGGACCUGGACAUGGUGCUGCAGAAGGUGUGCCCGAACAAGAAGCCGCGCUUCACCCGCGCGCGCAGGAGUUCGGGAAGUGUGUUACACAGACGCACGGAAGAGCUGCGCAACUCCGUGGAGCCAGAGACGGACAGGAGGCAGUCGGCGAAAACGGACAUCAGCGGCGAAUCCGAGAGCAACGGCCAGUGCCAGGCCAGCUCGGUGCCCUUGGAGGAGUCCGACCACGAGGGCAGCCCGCAGUCCAGGUGCGCCAGGCAGAGCACGACGAGCAACGCGGACUCGAGCACCGCGACGCGCCUGGCGCGCAGGAACAUCCGCCAGAGCGCAGUCCACAUCGUCGCGAGGCCCCGGCACGUGAGGGCCACGGUGGAGGCCGGGCGCAACUUCGCCGCGGCCAUGGCCGAGAAGGACCUCGCGCGCGAGGGCACGCCCAACGGCCGCACCACCACCACGCCCCACGUGUCCUCGGCGGCCCAGCCGCCCGCCAGGCGGGUCAGCGGCGGGCCGUCUAGGCUGAGGACCUCCAGGCCAAGCAACGGCUCCCACACCUGA